ACGUUACCUGACCUCAUUUAAACCCUUAAGAUGUCCAGACUUAACUCAAGCUUAUUUGUACAAUUUGACGUUAUUGUGUAAAUCUUCCUCCAUUUAUACUGUGUUGUGUUCAGAUUGUCUUUACAUAUUUAUUAUGUCAUUAUUAUAAUUAUUAUUUUCCCAGUAGUUUUAGCUCGAAUAUGAAAGUAAACCUCUCAAACAUUAUUGUAAUUUCUAGUUAUGCAAUUUUGUGAGUUAAUUUAUAUAAUUGAAUACAUUCUUCUUAGUAUAAGCCUGUAUUGUAUGGACAGUCAGUCCCAGGUAUUUUGUGUAAAAGAGAACCAACAUGACACCAUAAACCUGACUUGACUGACCAGCAGAGAAGUUAUGCAACAUCCUCUUUUAACAGAAACUCACAUCAUUUUAAAGAAUACAUGUCUGGGAGGAACAAUGAAAAUUAUUGCUAGGGUAUAAAUGGAAAUGUAAUAAUAUUUUUUUGUUUAAAUCUUCUAUAAAGGUGUUUUUCAUCUUUUGAGCAGUCCCAUUUGUUAGUGUUGUGAUUUCUGUGCAUUGAAACAUUUCUGCUGCCUACACAUUCCUGAGCAUUGGCCCGGCGCGAGAGGACAAAGUGGCUUAACCCCUGGAACCUCAGUGACCUGCCGGUGGGACAGUCAUUACAAACUCUAGCUGUGCUGCCAACAUUUUGUAAAAAAAUAAAUAAUUUUUUAGCAUCUGAAGCACAUUUAGUUUCAUAAUAAACCGAAUAGGUCAGAUAAAAUAUAGAGGAAAGUAGCAUCACAAGUUAUCUAGAAUAUGUUAAUUAAAUGUAACACAGCCAUAGUAAACAUAUUGGCUUUUGGGUUAUAAUAUUUCACUUUGUGUAAACAUAAUUGUGCUUCAACAAAGAGCUUGAACUGGCUGAUAUGGAAAAUGUAAACAGUAUAAAUUCACAGUUAAGUACUAAAUAUAAUAGCCACUUAAUGGGAGCUUUAUGUAUAAAUGUCUGUCUCUGUGUCAUGCUUUUGAUGUGUUUAGGCUUGUUCACUCUCACAGUGUAGGGCUUGGCCAACAUUUAGAAUAGACCUUGAUUUGCAUUGUGGUGAACAAACUUCUAAUUCAGCUAUCCACAAAAGGCACACCCUAUCUGCAGGCUUCCUCAUUUGAGAUACGCGUGGUAUUUGUUCACAUCUUUAUUACAGUCAAUUAGAGCCUUUAGGCAACAUAAAACUUGAAGCUGGCUGCAGGCAGGAAGAGGCAGGAGGGAACCCAGCAGCUCUAAGAGUAACUUUGUUUGCCUUUUUUCAAGUUUAAAGGUUUGUGGUGAUUUUAUGACACUACCUUGAUUUGAGCUUCAUUAUAGCAAGAUGACCUGUUUGCACCUGGGGAAAUAGCGAAACUGCAAUAUAUUGAGGGGAAAAUGGGAAAUCCCUGGCAGCUGAUGGCUCCACACACUGGCAACGGUGGUCUAGCCGUACUCUUAUAAAAGGACUCAAAAAUAUUUAAAGAAUUUGUUUGGCCAGCUGCUGUGUUGCCUACACAAAGCUCUCUCUCGGUGUCUCUUGGGGAUCCCUGGUUUAUAUAAACUACCCAUGACAUCCACCAACUGGCAACUUCUUCACAGGACGAAUGUCUGUGAUGUACAGCAGUGUGAGGGGAGUUGUUAACUCGUCUUCACAUCCAGCAUGAUGGACUUAACUGCACAGCUGUUGUUAAUGCAUUAUUUAAGAAAAUAAAUUGUGAUACAGCUGAAUUCCUUACAACUCUUAAGUGUCACUUUUAGGAAUGGGAAGAUAUGAUCACUUGGUGUCACAAUAAUUCUAGUCAAAAAAUUGCAAUUCAGGAUAUUAUCCCUAAAAUUAAACAUAUUGGAAUCCCUUUAGAUUACAUUUUGUAAAGAAAAUAAUAUUUAUAACGACGAUACGACACCUAUAGUUGCUUUAGUGAACUUCCUUUAAAAAAAAAGAAGUCCCCUGCAUAAAUAAACAAUGAUACAACAUAGAUAAAAAAACGCAACAUUGGGUGAGUCGUUUUUUUAAUAUAACAAUAUAACAAGGCUUUUUUUCACAUCUCUACAACAAUAGUGGAUAUUGUUGACUAUCCAGAUAAAGAUAAUUCACCAUGAUAUACUUAUUGUGAGUGUUUUAUAUUGGGAGAAACAAUAACAUCCAUUUUUCAUGCCUUCCUUAUUUACAAUGCCAGAAGUGUUGCUAUAACCUCUUAUCUGUAGUUUCCCAUGAACAGAGGAGAUUGUUUUUCUUCUCUAUGACAUCACUUCCUUUAUAUCUGAUUUUAGGUUAUCAAACUGCUUGGUAUGCUGCCUGUUUACACAAGACGCUGCUGCUGUUCUUUCAUUAUAUUAACCAUACAUGCGCUGGUAGUUUGUAGCAAUUAUACUUUCAUGAUCGUUGAACCAAGAAAUGCACUGGGCAGGACAUUAACAGUUGAAGAUUAACAUUUUCAAUAAUAAUCUAUAGGCCAACGACAACGUUCUUAACAAAGAAGUUGGGUUUAACCAGGCGCAUUUAUUGGUAUUAAAGUUAUUUACGAGUUAAAGUUGUAUUAUCAACAUACAGAGUCCUUUUAAUUCCAUGAAAGAACAUUUAAAAAAAUGCUGUUGAUUAUAGUUUUAUAGAGAAAACAAUUAAUAUAGAUCAGACUUCAAAAUCAGAACUAGUGAUCAACUGCAUUCAGUUAAUCUCUCAUUUUCCCUUCUCUUGAUGGAGAAACUAUAGAUUGGUUUCACUGUUCAUUUUUGUAAUUCAAUUUCAUUUAAUAUAUAUAAAUCCAACCUGGCCGAUCUAGAGUCAAAGCUUUCUAGAACAAAUAUUUACAAAUAUUUAGUUAUAAGCUGCUGGUGCCUACAAAAAUGUUGUCAACUUGUCAUUGAUCUGUGAUAGGCCAGUCUCAUAUUUCACUACAUUGUCAAAGCAAACGUGAAGGCAUGUGUGAAUUCCCCCUGCUUGAGUUCACACUAUGAAACCUAAAUGUAGAAGUUACCAAACCAAAUAUCUUCUGCUUUCCCCGGUGCCAUGUCAUUUGAGAACUGAUUCUUCAGUGUCUGGGAAUUGCUGGACCUUUUCUCAGCGGGUCUGAGCACCAACAUUCCUGGAAAGCCAAAAUGAAUAUUGAGAUUCAUAUGAAUGUCAGCCAUGCAGAAAGCGAGCAGGUGUCUCUGUAAAUCAUGCAGACUAUCCCACCACCAUGUGUUUCCCUCUUUUUUAAGUGAUGGCAAAAAUGUCAGGCCACAAAAGGGCUUCUGUAUUGGUAGCCCGGAAGUAAGAAGAUGAGUGGUGAAGGUUUGAAAGCUAUUUGUAAAUAUAAGCUAGUUCAUUUGUAAGUUCAUAAUUUGUUAUCCAUUUUUACUGACCCCUUUAAACCUCCAGGAGAUGGCAGUAGAAAUGCACUGACCAGAUAUUGUUUGUACAUGCAGAGCUGAACUGUAACAGUUUAUUCUGAAUAAAAGAGACGAGGUCAAGAGUCAUCAACAGUUAAUUAUCAAGUCAUAAAGCCACUUUUUGCCGGUGAUGAAAGCGUGAUAUCUGGCUUUAGACGCAUGCAUGUUGUCCAACAAACCUGAACCCAGAGAUUCACGGAGGUAAAACAGCUAAACAAGCCCUUUGACAGCAUGUGUUUACGAACAUCAUGAGGAUAAACUGACUAAGGCUGCAAGCCUAUGAAUAUUUGUAUUAAUUAAUCUGUCAAAUACAAAAUGCUUGGAAGGUGAAGUUUACAACCAAAUGUUCUAUCAUCCAUCAUAAAGAGAAGCUGAAACCAGCUAGUGUUUUGGCAUGUUUGCUGAAAAAUCACAAAAGUUGUUAUUUUGUUGAAAAUCAACUAAUUCAUUAAUUGACAAAUCGCUUCAGCUCUUAAACUGAUGCUAUACUUAAGUGCUUGUUGAGUGUUGUUGGUAGAUUUAUUUUAUCUUGAGCCCUUUGAUGUCCCGUCUACUUUUGUAUAGUAAUGGUGCUUUUGUACUGGGACACAUGUCAGGUUGCACCACCUUCAUUAGACGCUGAUAAGAGGGUAAAGCAAAGUGUAAUUUCUCUUUAUCUCUGUCAUUGUUUUUGACACAGUUUCAAGCUGAGACGGGAGCACUGACUAAGUUAUAUGAUACUGACUCAAGUGUUCAGCCCUCUGUAUGUGGCCACUCCUCUUCAGCAGGCAGCGCUUUCUUAGUGGGCGAGUCUCUCAUUCCUGACCGGACUCCACUCAGCUCAGGUUUUCUGCAUUUCCAUUGAAGUCGGGAAUACUGAGGGAAGGUUUUCACUCUUUGGAUUUUGACAGUUUUUUAAAAGUUUUUCAUAAAGAAAUGGUGAGGGUCGACAUUACCCAGUGAAGAAUAGCAACAGUAAGUGGAUCCACUGACAUGGAGGGCAACGGAGAGAUCAGUGACACUGACAGCGGCAUCAUCCUUCACUCAGGCUCUGAUAGCCCAAUGACACACAUGAAGGAUGUGACCACACAUACACGGGCCAUGAAGCUCAAACACCAGGCUCUCCAAGAACGACUGGAGAUCUGCCUACUGGAGCUGAAGAAAGUCUGCAUGCGAGAAGCUGAGUUGACAGGCCGGCUGUCAGAUGAUUACCCUCUGCUGCCAGGAGAGAAGCCUCCGCAGAUCCGCAGACGUAUUGGAGCUGCGUUCAAAUUUGAUGAACAAAGCUUCCCUCGAGGAGCAGAGGAGUCAGAACUGAGUUUUGUUGAUGCUGAGUUGGCGCUUCAGAUGAAGAUAUACGAGGCAGCACGCAAGCUCUGCGAGGAGGUUCACCCGAGUAAGGCUGUUAAGAAGAGCCGCUUACAGCAGUGCAAGAGAGAAGAGAAAAAACUCAAACGCCUGCAAGAGACAGCCUUUCAGCUUCGCCUGGAGCACGGCCGUUCAUCACCACUUCCUGCUUUUAAUAUUGCACAACACGAUCUGGGUACAUCUGAUGACAGCUCUCUGUCUGAUUCUGUGGUGCAAGAUGAAGAAGUGACAAGUCAGUCAUCACAGCUGUCUUCAGGACUCCCUGAUCCAGGAGAGACAGACCCGCCCCGGCUUCCCUCUGUGUCCUCACAAUCCUUCUCAAAGGGCUCCUACAUGUCUCCAGCUGCGGCUCCACAAAACCUGCCGCAGACUCCAAGCCAGUCUCCCCAUCCCAGCCUCACGUCUACGCCCAGUUUCAGCUCAAGCCCUGCAAGUGACCUUCCUCCCAUCCAACACUCCCCGUGGACAGAGUCUAGUCUGGACCAACCUUACCAGAAGAACAGGAAGUCGCGCUCCUCCAACAAAUCGAGUCCAUUCAAAACGGAGUUGUUACCCCCGCUGGAGGCUGUUUUUGCUUCCCACCUGAAGCUGGGCCACAGCCAGUCCAACAGCAUGCCCUCCACACCAGAGAUGAGAGUCCACAGACAGCUCUCCCUCAGAAUACCCAACCCUGAGUCUCCAUUUGAAAGGGAGCGAGGUCGCACAAGAAGUGCAAGGAGGCGACUGACAGAAUUUGCAAUAACUUUACCGGAUGCUCCUCUUCCUGCUGUGAACUACGCAAACUACGUCAACUCUGAGGAUAGCAACUCUGAACACUCGUUUUCAUCUUACAACAGCUCACCGUGUCAGGAGCUGCCCUGUGAUUCACCCAAACAGUAUCAGUCUGCAUUUGUGCACUCUGGCCCCGGGGGCAGCUGUGGCCCUCAAGGCUUCCAGAGCACUGGCUUUUACCAUAACCCCCGGCAACAGUCCAGCCCCGGGUUUCCUAAAGCCUAUUACACUGAAGAAACAGCCUACCGACCUGAACUGGACUUGGCACAGGGCUAUUACACCCAGCAGGCUCCCUGUCCUCCCAACAGAUAUGAGUAUUACUAUAAAGACCCUGCUGUGCUCCACCAGAGAGCACAGAGGCCUCUACCUCCUGAUAUCAGACUCUCCCCCUCCCCGGCUCAGUGGGAGCAUCCGCAGUACCGCUCCAAUGGCCUUCCAAAACAAGUAGUGAACGAUCAGCUGACCUCGUGGCACCGCCGCAGUCAGCUGAAGUCCCCCAGGUCCUGCUCUCUGGACAGACAGGGGGCUGUCAGAGUUAAAAACAUUUCUGCUCGGGAGACCGCCUUUCACCAAAACCAGAAGUACCAUGAGCAGGUUAUCCAGAGAAGGGCUCUUCAGAGAGAGGAGACUCGCUGGGUGGUAGAUGACGGUUCUCACUUUAUGAGUCAAGUUUAAACCAAGGACACCUUGGACCGCAAACUGAGAGGCGACUGCAUUUAUUACCAAAUAACCAAAGUGGAGUCUUAAGAAAAUCAAGUCAAAUUUACUUUUUAAGCCCCUAAAAAACGUGUUUUUUCAUGAUUCUUGUUUAUCUUUCUGCCUGCAUUAAGGCAUAAUAACGAAUGCAUCUUACACUACAAUAUGAUACAAAAAUGAUAUGGCUACUAAAGUGACUGUAAAGAUAACCCCGGUUGCUUAUUUUUGUCCACUCUAUAUGAAUUCAAUGCUUGUUAAAUGUUACUGAGAGCUGUUUGAACCUGCCACAGUUCAAAACUCAUAUUUAAGUUUAUCAAACAAGACCACAGAGUUUCUGCUUCUUUAAAUACAGGGUUAUUUUGAUAUGCGAAUUGACUAUGAUAUGACAUAACGAAACGGAAAUCGUCAGCCAAUAGUUUGGAAGCUCUAACAGGGAAAUGCCCAACACAGUUUAACAUUGUUGUCAGAUUGUGAAAAAUGUAUGUUUUUAAAAAGUAACAUUUAACUAGUUACAUUAAGGUCCCUGUUGAAGGUAAUCUCACAAGAACUAACAUCAAUUAAUCAUGUACAUGUCUAUAACUACUUAGUUAUACAACAGAGUGCUGCAUUAGAUGUUGCAAUCUGUAGUGAAAUUAUGCAACUUCAAUUGAGGAAGUGUUCAAGACAGAGAAGUUUACUUUUUGCUGUGUGGUAGAUGGGGUGCUCAAUUUCUAGCUGUUCGAAUGAAAUCAAUGAAUUGUAAAAUAAUGUAAAUCAGUAACAUGUCCUUUUUUAGCUACAUUUUGUGUAUAAUUUUCCAUGAUUUUUUUUUCAUCAUGUUAAUGAAGCUGCUUAAAUUUAAGAUCCCAGUUGUUUCUUCAUAAUCAUGUACUUUUAGAGGAAAAUGCAUCUUGUUUUUCUACUUAUUGUGUCUGUGGGUCUGCCAGUUAACUUGAAUUACUUAUAGACUUAAUAAAGUAGUUGAAACUAAAUAUUAAUUUACUCACAUGAGCUGAAAGGCAGCAAAUUUAACAAACAGUCUUGAUGUUUGGCAGCUAUUAAAGUGUUCGAAUCAAAUUGAAAUAUCCCAAACUUUAACAGAUAUUUGUCAGUGUGUUUAAGAUCUGCUCUCAAACCACUGACAAUGUGUGAUUCACAAUCAUGUCUCACGAUCAAACACGCUUUCAACGGUUCAAAUGAAAGCAACCUUCUGCUAAUUCAACUACAGCUUCACACUGACCGGUCCCUCAUAGUGAUCUAUGUGUUUAUUUAUUGUGAUAUGCACCAUUUGACUUAUGGAAAGUCAGACUUGAAAUAGAAAAAGACAUGGACCUGAGUUUGCAAAAUACAGCAGCAGUAAAGACUGUUUUGAGAUGUGUAUAUAGAAAAAAACAGAACACAAUCAUGUAACCUUGUGUGCCUCUUUUUUACUGUAUUUUUUUUUUAAUUUAUCAGUUAAAGUAGUUUAAGUGAACCUAAUAAUAAUGUGUUACGUUGCUGAUGAUAAAUCUGUGAAGUGUUUACCCUGUGGAAGAAAAUAAAAAAUAAUGUUUGCAUAGUGUUGA